GCUUACGGAAGUACUAGUGUAAUAACUUUUAUGGCAAUGGACGUAGCAGCGUAAUAAAUAAUGGAAGCGAUGUAGCUUGGACUUGCCAGUCGUUUUCCCCGCCCACUACGCUACGUCACGUGACGUCGGGGGGUAAAACACUUGUGAGCUGAGAAUGUAAACAUGGUGGCAGGUACAUGAGAAGCGGUCCAAAAUGGUCUUCGAAAGCGUCGUUGUAGACGUCCUCAACAGAUUCCUGGGGGACUACGUUGUCAACCUUGACAGCUCGCAGCUUAAACUCGGCAUAUGGGGAGGUGACGCUGUGCUUACAAAUCUUGAAAUUAAGGAAAAUGCAUUGAGUCAACUUGACAUUCCCUUUAAAGUAAGAGCUGGACACAUAGGACGUCUGGAGCUCAAGAUUCCAUGGAAGAACCUUUACACCCAAUCAGUGGAGGCCACACUGGAUGGCGUCUUCCUGCUCAUAGUCCCGACGGCAAGUAUCAAAUACGACCAGGAAAAGGAGGAGAAGCAGCUUCAGGAGGCACGUCAAAGGGAACUGCAGAGAAUCGAGGAGACAAAGCUGAAAGCGGCUGAAAUAGGUGAGUGUCUAAACGGGCUGCAGCGGGGGGAACAAAAGUUCAAGAAAUGUACUCUAGUCAAUAGUCAUCUUUUGUAUUCUGUUAAUUUGACAGGGAACCCUUUGCUCCACAAGCAGGACACUUUUGUGGAAAAGCUCGUCACUCAGGUCAUCAAAAAUCUCCAAGUGAAGAUCUCAAACAUCCAUGUUCGCUAUGAGGAUGACGUGACCAAUCCAUUAUGUCCUUUGUCCUUUGGUGUGUCUCUGGGCAACCUCAGCCUCCAGACCUCAGAUGAGAACUGGAACCCUUGUCUUUUGGAUGAGCAUGCCAGGCUUUUCUACAAGUUGGUUAAACUAGAUAAACUGUUUGCCUACUGGAACGUCGACUCUGUCCUCUUCUCCAAUCACAGUCCGGAUGAGGCCUUGGGGUGUCUCCAGAGAAGCAUGGACCUCGGGGGGCCUCUUCCUUCCAGCCAUGAUUUCAUUUUUCGUCCAAUCUCAGCGGAUGCUAAACUUUGCAUGAAUCCCAGGUGUGAAGUGGACUUCUCAUCCCCUAAAAUGGAUCUCAUUGUCAAUCUCAGUGAGGUGGCUAUUGAACUUAACAGGCCCCAGUACAUCAGCAUCCUGGAGCUACUAGGCUCAGUGGACAUGAUGUCCCGUAACCUGCCAUAUAGGAAGUACAGACCCGAGGUCUUUGUUCACAAUAAUGCCAACUUAUGGUGGAAGUACAUCCUCACGAGUGUCAUGGAGGUGGAUGUCAAGCCUCGGCUGCACAUGUGGUCAUGGGACCACAUUCAGCGGCACCGUAGGAUGGUGAAGCGCUAUCGCGAGUUCUACAAGGUCAAGAUCACAAGCAAGAAACCCAGUGAGGAGAUAUGCAAGGAGCUAGAGGAGCUUGAGAAAAAAAUGGAUAUUUUUAACAUCACACUGGCAAGACAGCAGGCUGAAGUGGAGGCAAGCAAGGCAGGGCUGCAUAUUUUUCGGCCGGGCUUGAAAAUGGAAGAAGAGGAGUCUCAAGGUUGGAUCAGCUGGAUGUGGAACUGGGGAGCAUCGCCUGAGACCCAAACACCAGAGCCCAAAUCUGGAGCCUUUGAUGAGCUGUUAACCGCAGAAGAAAAAGCAAAGCUCUACACUGCCAUCGGAUACAGCGAGACUGCUGCUAAUUCCAAUUUCCCAAAGGAUUUUGAGGACAUGAAGGUGAAGUUCCACAUGGAAAAGCUGAGCAUUUCACUCAAACACAGCAAGGGUAAAGAGGAAAUCAUCAAGCUGACCGUUGGAGAGCUGAAAUCUGACCUGACACAAAGAUCUGGAGCACAAGCCCUCAAAUUCACAGCCCAGGUCAGUUUGUUCGAGGUCACCGGUCUCGCUGACGACCGGCCCGCCCCCACCCUCCUGUCGCCAUCGGCGGCCACGGGAUCAGGGAGGCCGCUGCUCAACAUUUUAUUUGAGACCAACCCUCUGGAUGAAAGCGCCAACCAGCGCCUCUACGCCGAAUCGCAACCGCUGGAAAUAAUCUACGACGCCAAAACAGUAAACGCCAUGGCGGCGUUCUUUAUGCCUCCCGAUAACCUUCAGCUGGACGAGCUCACCAACGCCACGCUGAUAAAACUGGAGCAGUUCCGAGACCGCACAGCCACUGGUCUAAUGUAUGUGAUAGAGACGCAAAAGGUUCUGGACCUCAGAGUGAACCUGAUGGCCUCUUACAUCAUCAUCCCAGAGACUGGAUUCUACAGUGGCACUCAGAACAUCAUGCUGCUUGAUCUUGGACACUUACAGAUGUCCAGUCAGAGCAAGAAACAUCUGCCCCAGCUUGUAGUGGGCUCCAGCAGAAUUGAAGACAUCAUGUUGAGAGCCUACGACAGCUUUGACAUACAACUCAACAGCCUUCAGUUCCUGUAUAGCAAAGCAGACGGCAACUGGAGAAUGGCUCGUGAGCAGAAGCAGUCACCACUCCACAUCUUGGAGCCGGUGGAUUUAAAAGUGGUGUUCAGCAGGGCCAUGGUAGUCACAGACUCACGCAUGUCAAAAUAUAAGAUGUCUGGAGAACUCCCCCUGCUUUCUCUUCGAAUCUCAGACAUUAAACUUCGCAAUGUCCUGGAGCUGAUCGAGAGCAUCCCACUACCGGAGCAGAAACCUGCCGCACGAAACACAGCAAAGGAUAAGACCAAGCCGUACACACCACAGUUGGCCUCCAGGAGACAUCCGACCUUACCUGAACAACAUUCCUCUCUCCUGUUCGAGUCCUGCGAGACCAUCAGCAUUUCUUCACUGGGGUCUGAAGAGGACUUGUUCUAUGAUGCCCCGAGCUCUCCCAUCACGGGGCAGCAGUUCUUUCCCGACAGUCCCAUGCCUCUUCGCUACGGCGACCUCCACAGAAAAAAGAGUCUGGCACAGGAAGAGCGGCAGAAGAACAUGACCAACUUCGCCCUGACAUUUGAAAUCAGCGAGUUUUCUAUCCAGUUGUGUCGCUUGUCUGGGCUGGACGAGAUCACGGUGCUCCACUUGGACGUGGAGGGUCUGGGCACCGAGCUGAAAGUGCGAACCUUUGACAUGACGUCCUUCACUUACCUCAAGGAGAUCUGCCUGAAAUGUCCGGAGUACAUGGAUUCUGAACAAAGGGCGGUCCAGCUACUCACUACUUUGGACAACACAGAGGUUGACAUGCUGACCCUGGAGUAUAUUAAAGCUGACAAGACUGGUCCCGAGUUCAAGUCCUUACACAACAACACAGAGCAGCUCCUCAAGGUGACCUUCUCAUCCUUGGAUGUUCAUCUCCACACGGAAGUGCUCCUCAACACUAUGAACUUCCUCAACAACCUAGUCCCCCCGUCCACUAAGAAGGAGGAAAAGCAGGAAGAGCUCCCCACCAUCCAGGACAAUGACAUUGAGGAGCAUGAGGACGAGAAGAAGGAGGGAUCUGCUGUCUCCAAGAGAAAAACAACAAAGAAUCCAAAGACUGCAGCCAUAACCAAUCUGCACGUCAGAGCUGAUCUCCGUAGUUUGAAGGUUUUCAUUCGAGGAGAGAAAGCCAGGAUCUCCGAGAUCUGCAUUGAAGGCCUUGUUUCUGAGGUUCUAAUGAGGAAGAAAGAUACGAAGAUCGUGGCCAACCUAAAGAACAUUACGAUCUUUGACUGUGAUGAAAAUGCUCUAUAUAAGAAGGCUGUGUCCAUAGCAGACAGGGAGGUGUUUUCCUUCCAGAUGGUCAACUAUACAAGUGCAACAGAGGGGAAUGCCUACAUGGAUAUGUCUCAAGUUGACACCUCCAUCACGCUGACUGUGGGGUGCAUCAAGGUCAUCUUUCUCAACAAGUUUCUCUCCUCCAUACUGGCAUUCAUAAACAACUUCCAGGAGGCUAAAGAGGCCGUGGCCGAGGCGACCCACCAAGCGGCCGAGAAGGCGGCGUCGGGUGUAAAGGAGCUGUCAGGGCGUAGCACGAGGAUCUCUCUCAACGUUCGCUUGAAUGCGCCUAUCAUCUUCCUCCCCCAGUCCUCCUCGUCCAACAACGUCCUUGUUGCCGACCUUGGCGUCCUCUCUGUGAAGAACCACUUUGCCAUGCAGCCUUAUAAAAGUAAAGUCAAUGUCCCACCUGUGGUGGACAUCAUUGAAGUCAAGCUGACUGAUCUCAAGAUUUACAGAACCACAUUCCUAAAUGGAGACUUCCAGGGUGAAAGCCAGUUGUUGAAGCCAGUCUCCCUGAGCCUGAAAAUUCAGAGAAAUCUUUCUUCCAACUGGUACAACAAGAUCCCCGACAUCGCCAUCGCAGCUCACCUUAUGCCAUUGAAUUUGAAUCUCAGCCAGGGUGACAUGACAGUUACCCUGAGGACUCUCUGUGAAAAUCUCACCGAGAAGUCUGACAUUGCUUCCCCCGCAUCGCCACAUGCUCCUGCUGACGACAUCGGACCCAACAAGCCCAACAACACUUCAGGAAACACCGGAGGAGCCAGCAGCAACAAAGUGGUGACUGCAGCUGUGGUGGAAGGUCCCAAAAACGUCAGGCUGAAGACCACCAUGAAAUUCGACUUCAAGUUUGACUCCAUGUCUCUGGUCUUGUACCAGCCCAACGCCAACCAGAUUCAGUUUUUGGACCCACAUGAUGAUCAGCUAAAGCUGGGCGAGUUCACCCUGGGCACCAUCUCCACCUCCGUCACCAUGUUCUCCGACAGCGCCAUGAAGGCCUCGGUCCGACUUUCUACCUGCCUUCUAGAUGACAUGAGGCCACACAGCAACACAGUCUGCUCAAGGAUGAUGGCGCUGCGUCCCGGUGCAGAAAAGAAGAUGAUGGCGGAGGUCAACUACCAGCAGGGCCGUGAAGGCAUCUCCUUGAACGCGGUGGUGCAGGACGUGUAUCUGUGCGCCAGUAUGGAGUUCCUCCUCACGGUGGGCAACAUCUUCCUCCAGGCCACCAAGGAGGGCUUCGCUCAGACGCCCCCGGCCAAGGGCAACGCCGGAUCGGGAGAUAAGAACAACUCAUCUGCCCAAGCAAAGGAAAACACUGCCGCCCCGGCCGCUGUGUCAAAGACGGAGAUUAACGUCGUGAUGCGAAACCCGGAGAUCGUGUUUGUGGCCGACCUGACACGCGCCGACGCCCCGGCCCUGGUGAUGACCACAGAUUGUGAAGUAGUCAUCACAUUUGAUGCGGAGAGCUCACAAAUGACUGCCGUUAUCCAAGACCUUAAGGUUGUGGCAUGUCCCUUCCUGAGAGAGAAGAGGGUGAACAGCGUGACCACAGUACUCCAGCCAUGCCAGGUCUUCUUCCAGAGUAGUCAGACUGAAACGUCUCCACAAGCUAUGGAGCUUUCCAUCAGUGCUCUCACGCUGAAGGUUUCUCCCAUCAUCAUCAAAACACUCUUAACCAUCCAGUCGGCCCUGACCCCAGCUGCAGAAACAACAGAGGAGCUUGAAAGUCCCGUCCCGGUGGACAUGUGGUUGAAGCGGGACUGGAAAGACCUUAAAUUGUGGUUCUUGGAGGAGGAGUGUGAUUCAAACACACAAACAGAGGCCCCGCUGAUUCCACAGGGGGAGACGUUACAGAUGAACAUCAAAUCGAUUUGCGUGACCCUUGAGGCUGGGGUCGGACACCGCACAGUCCCUUUGCUUCUGGCAAAGUCCUCCUUCCAGGGAAACGUCUCAGACUGGACUACGCUCAUCAACUUGCACAGUGUGCUCAAUUUAGAGGUCCAUUACUAUAAUGAGGUGAUGGGAGUGUGGGAGCCGCUGCUGGAGCCUUUAGAGGAUGAGACAAGAGACGGUUUCAGACCCUGGACACUGGACGUGAAGAUGAAAAAGAAGCCACUGAAGAGUGUAAGAUAUGCAGAUGAAGUGGACUACAAUGUCCCAGACUACAAGACUGUCAUUGUCAUCAGCAGUAAGGACCAACUCAACAUCACCCUCUCCAAAUGUGGACUGACUAUGCUGAACAAUCUGGGCACGGCGUUUGCCGAGGCUGCCAAAGAAACAGCAGGGAUCUUUCAGAAGGACGAAGCGCCGUUUGUGGUGAAGAACCGCCUGGGCCUGCCAGUCUUUGUCCAGUACAGCGACAUGUUUUCUCCCAUCGACAUGCAGAGCGACAACCAUACGGUGGAGCUGCAAGAUGGCCAGACGCUCGGGAUGGACUAUAUAACCACAACGGCAUCUGACCAGUUCUCAGCGAUGACCUCCUUAAGCGAAAAGGACUACUACAUCCAGCCAACUCCAGCCGGCCACACGUCAACCUGUGUGAUCCCCCUCAUUAAGGUGGAACGGGGAAUGUACAGUGUCAUGCACCGGGAGUCGGGAGUCACUCGUUUCCUGGUGUGUCAGAUUUACUCUGUGGAGGGUAGCAAGUUCAUCAAGAUCCGCUCACCGUUCCAGAUCAUCAAUCACUUCUCAAUCCCAUUCAAAGUGUUUGAGGGAUCAACGUGCCUGGGGACGUCGCUCCCCACGGAGGAGUUCUGUGUGCCUCUGGACUCAUACAGGUCAGAGCUGAGCCUCCAGCCCGUCACGGGGGAUGAGCAUGAUGACUUUGAGUGCUCUGAGGGCUUCAGCUAUGAAGACAUCAACCUGGAGCAGCCCAAUAUGACCAUCCAGCAGACGUGUCGUCUCCGCGGGGAAGUCGGUGGCGUCCUGACUGUCAACAUCGUGCCCCGUAGGGACAAGGUGAUAUUUAAAGACACUGGUAGUGUGGGGAACAACUUCGACGUGCCCUUUGUGCUCCACCUGUGGCCCUCCAUCCUACUACGCAACCUGCUGCCUUAUCCCAUCACCUACAAACUCAAUGACAGUGGACAGUGCGCCCCUGAGGCCAAGCUGGACCCGGGACACUCUGCCCAGCUUCACACCGCUGUCAUGGACCAGUCCAGUCUUCACCUUCGCUUGGUUGACUACUUUUCUCAGGACUGGUCUGCUCAGUACAGUCUCCACAGUAACCAGGAGGAGAUCACCUUAAUCACGUUCGAGUCCCUCCAAGAGGACGAGGAGUUUUACAGUGACGAGAAGACAAAGGCGGAGCUGGACAUAGCCGUCCACGUCAAGUACGACCAGGGCCAGACGGAGGUCGCCAUCCACUCGCCGUACUGGAUGGUGAACAAGACGGGCAGGCUGCUGCAGUACAAGGCUGACGACAUCCACCGCAAGCACCCUCUGGACUGCGACAUGCCGCUUCUCUUCUCCUUCAAGCCUCGUUACUUCCUAAAAACCAACAAGGUCCGUCUAAUGAUCUCUGAAAGUGAGCUCUCCGAUGAGUUUUCCCUGGACACAGUUGGUAGCUACGGAGAUGUGAAAUGUAAAGGACAAUAUAAAGAUUAUCGGGUUGGUGUGAAGAUUGACACAUGCAGUUUCAGUCUCACUCGCAUCGUGACCUUCAUGCCGUUUUACAUGCUGGUCAACGGAACCAGGCAGUCGGUCUUCAUAUGUGAGGUGAACCAAGACAACUGGACUGAGGUUCCGCCAGGACAGUUUGCCGUUCCGUUCUGGCCUGAGGACGACACCAAGCUUGUCAGUAUCAAAACAGAAGGUUGCCUGUCUCCUCAGACGAUUGACUUCACACGUCCGGAGAACUGCUUAUUGCUUCACUUGGAUUCUUUUGGCGGGAUCAUUGUCCAAGUGAACGUAUCAGAGCACUCUGCUACAAUACGAUUCUCAGACUACCAUGACGGUGCAGCCCCGUUCCUCAUCAUCAACCACACCAAAGAACAGCCCUUGCAUUUCCAUCAGAGCACAAAGGAAGAGUCUCCAUGGGUGCCCAAUGAGCUGCUAGACCUCUCCUUCUCAGCGGAGGAGGACAGCUCACAGGAGGAAACCGAAGUGGAGGAACUGGAGGCCGGGAAAGCCGUGCACUACACCUGGACCAAGCCCACCGGGUCCAGGGAGCUGUGCUGGAAGUGGGGCGUUUACAGCGGGAUACUGAAAAGUGAAGAGGACCUGCGUGAAAAUGUUGAACAGAAAGACGUCCUGUACGUUAUCUCCUUUUAUGAAGGUCUCCAGCGGGUGGUGCUGUUCACCGAGGAGGCUCGCGUCUACAAGCUGCUGUGCGAGAGCGAGAAGGCGGAGUUGGCCGAGCUGGAAGUCUUCAUGUUCCUGUACAGCGUUGGAUUGUCUCUGGUCAACAACAGCAGCAGCCAGGAGAUCACCUUCAUCGGCAUCACCAGUUCCGAUGUGGUGUGGGAGUACAAGCCCAGGAAGAAGAACCGAUGGAAGGCUCUAGGCUCCCCCGAAGCUGAGAUGCUGGAGAUGCGCUACAAAGAGUACAUAGACUCUGGACCUGUAGACAAAGCCAUUGUCAACCUGGAAAACAACUUCCAGAUGUCUCUUUCUCCCAACGGCGCGGAAAUGCGGAUGCUGCAGCCGUGCGACGCUCCCCUCCGAAGGCACUUCCUGCCAGGCGUCAAGGUGGAGUACAGCGCCUCUCCCCGCCAGAGCUCCUACCGUGUCCAAAUCCACCGCAUACAGAUCCAGAAUCAGCUGCCGGGAGCCAUCUUUCCUUAUGUUUUUUACCCUGUAAACCUGCCAAAGUCCAUCACCAUGGAUGCAGAGCCCAAGCCUCUAACUGAUAUUUGCAUGGUAACCAGGGCAGCAGGACACUCUGACAUCUCACGUAUCAAGUACUUCAAGGUGUUGAUUCAAGAAAUGGAUCUCAAACUGGAUCUGGGCUUUCUUUUCGCCAUCUUGGACUUGUUCAGCCCAGAGGACGCCGGAGCAGUGACCCCACUGCAGGAGGUGGAACUCUUUGAGAAAGAUGUGGAGUACAUCAAGACUGAGCUGAACCACGCCACUGCUGCUGAUACCACCCCCAUUAGCCUCUAUGAGUAUUUCCACAUUUCCCCCAUCAAGCUUCAUUUAAGCUUCUCUCUGAGCACCGGCGGCGAGGACGGCUUGAAAGGAAAGCGAGAGACCGAAGUCAUACCCAUCCAGUCGCUCAACCUGCUGCUGAAGAGCAUUGGCGCCACGCUCACCGACGUGCAGGAUGUCGUUUUCAAGCUGGCCUUCUUUGAGUUGACCUUUCAAUUCUGCACCACGCAGCAGCUCCAAUGGGAGGUCAUCAGGCAUUAUUCCAAACAGGCUAUAAAGCAAAUGUAUGUGCUUGUGCUGGGCCUGGACGUCCUGGGAAAUCCCUUUGGGCUGAUCCGAGGUCUGUCGGAGGGGGUGGAGGCCUUCUUCUACGAGCCCUAUCAGGGAGCCAUUCAGGGACCAGAGGAGUUUGUAGAAGGGAUGGCACUCGGAGUGAAAGCGCUGGUGGGGGGAGCUGUAGGCGGGAUAGCGGGCGCGGCGUCCCGGAUCACAGGCGCCAUGGCCAAGGGGGUCGCCGCCAUGACCAUGGAUGAAGAAUACCAGCAGAAGCGACGCGAGGCCAUGAACACACAACCCAGCGGCUUGAAAGAGGGUCUGACCAGGGGGGGCAAAGGAUUGGUGUCUGGAUUCGUCAGCGGAAUAACAGGGAUCGUUACCAAACCAAUUAAAGGAGCACAAAAGGAAGGUGCGGCGGGCUUCUUUAAAGGAGUCGGCAAAGGCUUGGUUGGUGCCGUCACCAGACCGACAGGAGGCAUUAUUGACAUGGCCAGCAGCACGUUCCAAGGCAUCAAGAGUGCGGCGGAGACGUCGCAGGACAUUGAAUCCCUGCGUCCUCCUCGCUUCAUCCACGAGGACGGCGUCAUACGGCCGUAUAGGCAACGGGAGGGCAUCGGUAGUCAGAUGCUGCAGAAAAUCGAGAAUGGGCGUUUUGCUAAAUACAGAUACUUUGCUCACGCUAAGGUCAACGACUCAGACUUCUUCAUGAUCACCAAGAGGGGGAUUUUCUUUGUGACCACGGGAACGUUUGGUCAGCUGAACUGCGAGUGGCAGUAUCUGUUUGACGAGUUCACCAAGGAUCCCACCAUCGUGGAGAGCCGCCGGCUUCGCAUUGAGGCUAAGGAGCGAGUCAAGUCGGUGUUUCACGCCAAAGAAUUCGGCAAGAUCAUCAAUUUCAAGACGCCAGAGAUCGCCACGUGGGUUCUUGCUAAGCUGGAGGACGCCAGGGAGAGUUUACCCAAAUACUGACCAGGGAAACAACAACACACACACACACACACACACAAUAACUUGUAUACAUCAUCAGUGCCUUUGUUGGAAUGAAUGUCUGUUGUGUGUGCGUGAGAGAUUGUUUUUACAACACUUCCAUGUCAAGUUUACAAACCGCCUCGGACACAUCAAGGGAAUUAUUGCAUUUCAUUUGUUUUUUUUCAAAUUUCACACUCAUCGUAAACUCAUUUAAUUGGAGUAUUUUUUUUUACACAUUUCUGCACAGGCAUGCCAUUUUUAUACUGUACUGCUGUAUAUUAAUCGAAUAUGUAUAUACACAAAUAUAUAGAAAUAUGCAUCCACACCAGGGUUUUCGUGUUUUUUUUAUAUCACACAAAUGCAAUGCCAAGUGUAUCAUGGAGAAUGCUAAUGAUAUUACCAAGAUGUUUCUUUUUUAACUUGGGGAUUCUGACUAUCUGAUGUAUGGUUUCAGUAGUGCAUUGCAGUGUGGACGAUUCAUUAUGUUCAAUAAAUACUCAGCCUGCUCCAGAGUCCCUUUAUUAUUUUAUAAACAGGUUUUCUAUGUUUUU